CACCUAUAAUUAACAACAACCUUCAUCUCCAGACAAAAUCCGGUACUUUCUUGCCCUCUACUCACCUUGCCUCACUUUCGAAAAAUCUGGUUCAGUAUUGUGCAACUUGGUCUGUGUGUUAUUUAACACUCCCACUGGGACACCCCCCAGUUGGGUAGCUUUCGUCAUACUAUCUUGAUCCACUACCAGCAUCACCACUAUCAAUAUCAGGAAUAAGUAUCCCAUCUCCUCACAAUGGCAUUCCAACAACCAACCCGCCAGUCCGCUCCGCGAGUCUUUCGUCCCGCAUCCGAAGACGAUGAGUUGCAACAGGUACCUCAACCUGCGCCUCGAGAUGUUGAAGACCCCCAAACCUGGGUUCUCUUUUCGCCUCCUACCGAUACGGGCACCUCGACAUCUUACCUAACCUCGACGCAUCAAACCAAUAGUACUCCGGGUCGUUCAAGACUAAGUGAGAUUGGGAGUCUCGGUACAGCUGCGCGAUCAGACGCUAGUGCUGUGCAACAACAAUCUACAAGCUUUGUUGAAGUACCCCGGGAAGAGGACGAGGACGAUGCCGAGUUAGAUAGCCUGGAUAGCCAUCUUCCCGAGUUUCGUUCUAUGCCGACCUUUUACGACGCAUCGCAUGCUCUCGCUCAUACGACACCCGUAGUUCCUGCCCACGAUGGCCUCGGCCUGUUUCGAUUGGAGCAGGAAGUUAUGGGGUUUGACAUACAAGAGCAACUUUAUGCCUUCGAGCAGUAUAACCCUAACCGUUUGAGGAGACAGGAAGGUGUCGGUCUAGGUCAAGUUGAACUUGACGUUGAUAGGGCACAGGAAUUGGAAAAGAUGCAGAGAAUAGAAUCUUGGCGGCUAGAGCAUAGCCGUUAUCUUCUAGAGGAGAUUAAAAAAGAAACUCGCAGAAGACGAAGGUCUGCCGCCAGCAUGCCAAAAUCAAGUCAUAUGGAAAGAGAAGCCGAAGAUGUAGCAUCCAUGAGUGGGAUCGGUGAUGCUUCGAGUAAAAAAGCUGAUCAAAGUCAAGAUUGGCACGAUCAAGACGAAACAGAUCCGGAGGCGGGUCAGGAAAGCAUCUGGGGACGCAUUACUCGAAAAGUUAUCCGGGACCUCAUGGGAAUCGAUGAUAAGUUGCUCUCUGUGCUAUUUGGGGAAGCGCUUCCAGAUGAGGAGGAUCUUUCUUCGACACCAAAGGCAUCGGCCAUCCCUGUGCCUCAACAAUGCACGAACGCCCCAAUGGAAAAUGCGACGGACUCGGGCUGGCAGCUUAAGAUGCUAGAGCGAGUGGCUAAAGAACUAGGCGUGCUCAUUCAUCGGCUAUCUGAACAUCCCGGAGCCUUCUCGACAUUUAGUCGAGUGCAGCAAAUGCCUAUUCCGUACGCGGGUCUUCCUCCCAUUCCGGAGGGGGCAAAUGAUACGGCAACUACGGUGAAGACGGAUAAGGCACCCACUAUUCCCGAAUUUCAACCUACAAUCGGUAAGCGGACACAGCCAAUUGAUGUACCUCAUGUCGCACAGCCGGCUAGCUCCACCCAUGCAGAAAAUCCCGGGUCAGCCUUCACACAGGACGAGUGGGAACAGGAGCUUGAUGUGAGACUUGUCUUCAGGUACCUACGAUCACGUUUCAUAUCACGAUCGAGCAGUAGCGGCGGGGUCGCUGGAAAUUCUAGCCUCGCCUCGUCGAGCACGCAAGACAUGGCUGCUAAGGCUGCAAGAGUGCGUCAGCACCAUCCAUUGGUGUCACGACCGCGGCCUGCCGAGAGGCGCAAGUCCAAGGCAACCAUACCCUCGAGUCCCGUGUUCAAGCAUGCGUCUAGCUGCGCUAGUCAAAGCACACGGAGAUCAAUAAAAAAGAGUAGCUCAUCAUCCCGCCAUUAUUGGGAUAUUGGCGGUUCUGUUGGCACAGGAUCGAUGAUUGCCACGACAGGUCCUAUGGGAAGUUGGGGCGAGGUUUAAUAUGACGGGAUAGACGGUCCAAGUCCGCAUAAGCAGGCAUGAGCAAGCAUGAGCAACGAAAUGAUGUAUACAUAUUAUUGGGUCUACCCAGGGUCAGGGUGGUGAUGGGUUGGUAAAUAAUGAGGCGAUAUUUGCAAUCGGACUAAAUCACGAGCAUAUUAUACAAUCUCACGCAUUACAUUUACAUUUAUAUACCCAACCGUCAGUCUUCAUCUUAAGAGAAGAAAAUAUGAAGAUGGAGAUUUUCAAUAGUCCAUUGACCAAUCAAAUAUGAGAAUUGAACCGCACCUGGUAACAUAGUUAGUGACUCUGAGAUAUAUUUGUUAGCAUUGCUCAUCAGGUAGCUGCAUGUGCUUCAUGAGCUACUGUACAUGACUCCGUGCGUAG